GCCCCGCGGGCACGCGGCGGCGCUCGGGCGUGUGCGAGGCGUGAGGUGGAGAUGGGGCGGAGGGAGCCGGAGCUGUCACAGGCCCCGCGUCCGCCUGAGCGAGCCAAGUGGGGUGUCGCGGCCGCGGGGGGCAGCGGCUGCACUUCCUCUGCUGGCAGCGGCGGCUGGGGAGUUAGUCCUCGACGCACGGGUCGGUCCCGUUUCCCUCUGUGCAGCGGCCGGCGGGACCAUAAGGGCUUAACUCACAUAUUUAACCCCCCUCCAAAAAAAUUUGAAAGUAUUCUUGAAGGGCUGUUUGGACCUGCGUUAUUAAAAGAUCUCAGUUUGUUUAAAGAGUGUGAACCUGAAAGCAUUUCUGAUUGGGCUUUUGAUGAAAAUUGUCUGUUCUGUUGCUUGAGAAGAGAUAAAGUAAAGGGACAUUUAGUCGGUCUGGAUGAGCCAGCUUCCGGAGCUGGGCAAGAAGCUUUGCUUAAACAAGAGCACGCAAAAGUCACUCGACUCCAGAGGCAAGCAGAAGAGUUCCUCAAUGCAGUCUUUUAUAGAAAAGACAGUCCCUGGGUCUCCGACCCCAAUAUUCCCUUAGUGGCCCGUGAGAUCAUGCAGCGAAUGAUCCAACAAUUUGCUGCUGAAUAUACCUCAAAAAAUAGCUCUACUCAGGACCCCAGCCAGCCCAAUAGCACAAAGAACCAAAGCCUGCCGAAAGCAUCUCCAGUCACCACCUCUCCCACGGCUGCAACUCCUCAGAACCCCGUGCUCAGCAAACUGCUCAUGGCUGACCAAGACUCACCUCUGGACCUUACUGUCAGAAAGUCUCAGUCAGAACCUAGCGAACAAGACGGUGUACUUGAUUUAUCUACUAAGAAAAGUCCAUGUGCUAGCAGCACUUCCCUGAGCCAUUCUCCAGGCUGCUCCAGUACUCAAGGGAACGGAGAGGAUUCGGCAGAGGCACCCGUAGCUGAUUCUAACCAUCCGUCAAAGUCCCCGCUGGAGAAGUUUAUGGUCAAGCUGUGCACCCAUCAUCAGAAGCAGUUCAUCCGUGUCCUGAGUGACCUGUACACCGAGUCUCAGCCAGGCUCUGAGGACCUGCAGCCUUUGGGACCCUCAGUGAUGGAUGUCUCUGCUUGCGAUUCAGAUUGUGCCGGCCUGGGCAGCAGAGACGAUGAAAAGGAUGAUGCGUGUCUUGAUGGGGGUUCUCCUGCUUCCGUAAAGUUGUUCUUAGAUUCAUCGGGGUCUCCUGGCUCCCUGAAUGUGACUGAAGAAACCAUGAAGGACCCACCUCCUGAGACAGACUCUGUAGAUGGGAAAGAGAAUGCCUUGAGCACUGUCCAGAAAGAUUCCUCCGGCCCCCCAGAUGCCCGACAGAACCCCACAGGUUCUGCAGACAGUCCCACUGUGGGAUGCCUCAGUACGUUGGAUUCUUCCUCUUUUAACUCCCCCCACAGUUCUAAAAGCUUAGAGGGGCAAACCACUGGCCAGGAGCAAGACACAGACAUGAAACCCCGUGAGGAUGCUGAGGACAGUGCCCCAGCAUCAGUCCAAAGUCUGGCUGCAGUGGAGGUGGUGGCUGAGAACACUGAAGAGGGCGGUAGCUGUAUUGUUUCUCAAAGAAACUCAUUCAAAGCUUUAUCAGAAGAGACGUGGGACUCCGGGUUUAUGGGAAACUCGUCCAGGACUGCAGACAAAGAGAAUGCUUUACAGUGUGGCUCAAGAACAUCCUCCCCCCAGGAUUUAGAGACAGAUGAGCAAGAUGCAAGGCCAAAGCAAGAGAACCAUCUCCACUCACUAGGUAGAAACAAGGCGGGGUUCCAGACAUACCCCAGAGACAAGGGCCAUUUCGAUCAUUCCAAAGGUGGUUGGUUAGCUCCCAGCCCCACGCCAACUGUACACAGAGCAUCCAAUGGCCACUCACAAACCAAGAUGAUAUCGGCCUCCAUCAAGACUGCUCGGAAAAGUAAGAGGGCGUCGGGGUUGAGGAUAAAUGAUUAUGACAACCAGUGUGAUGUCGUUUAUAUCAGUCAACCAAUAACAGAAUGCCACUUUGAGAAUCAAAGAUCCAUAUUAUCUUCUCGGAAAACAGCCCGAAAGAGUACCCGGGGAUACUUUUUCAAUGGUGAUUGCUGUGAGCUGCCAACUGUUCGCACGCUGGCCAGGAAUUUAUGCUCCCAAGAAAAAGGAAGCUGCUCACCGAUAACAUCAGAGGCAGUGGUGACUCCCAAGCAGACUCUUACAGGUCCCACCUCAAAGCACACAGUAGGUGUGCAGCUUCCCACAGUAGGUGUGCAACUUCCCACAGGAGGUGUGCAGCUUCCCACAGGAGGUGCGCAGCUUCGUACAGUGGAUGCCCAGCUUCCCACAGGAGGUGUACAACUUCCUACAGCGGAUGCCCAGCUUCCCACAGUAGGCAUACAACUUGCUACAGUGGAUGCCCAGCUUCCCACAGUAGGUGCACAUCUUGCUACAGCAGAUGAGCAGCUUCCCACAGUAGGUGCACAGCUUCCUACAGCAGAUGAGCAGCUUCCCACAGUAGGUGCACAGCUUCCUACAGCAGAUGAGCAGCUUCCCACAGUAGGUGCACAGCUUCCUACAGCAGAUGAGCAGCUUCCCACAGUAGGUGCACAGCUUCCUACAGCAGAUGAGCAGCUUCCCACAGUAGGUGCACAGCUUCCUACUGCAGAUGAGCAGCUUCCCACAGUAGGUGCACAACUUCCUACAGUCAAUGUCCAGCUUCCCUCAGUGAAUGCACAACUUCCUACAGUGGAUGUCCAGCUUCCCACAGUGGAUGUGCAAAUUCCCACAGUUGAUAUGCAGCUUCCCACAGCAGGUGAGCAGCUUCUGAAAGAAGAUACCGGUGACGAUCCUAGGAAAGAAAGAACCUCCCUCGAGGAGGGGGACGAAGACACAUCAUCAGCGAAAGAACAUCAGGAGCCAGAGGUUUGCCUCACCAAGAAUGAACAGGAUCCUAGCGUCUCCCCUAGGCCAGGAGAGACCACACCCUCCAGCCCACCAUGUCUUCUGCCUGCUGCCCUCACUAAUGAGGAUCCGUCUGAGAUGCCAGAAGGCAGCACUGUGGUCUCAUCCCCAACAGCAAGUGUACUAUCUUUCCAUGAGCAAGACCAGCCACCAGCAGCCUCCCUGCUAGGACCAGAGGAGAUGCAGGCACAGGAGUGCCACCUGGUUCUGACAGGUGGAAGCAUCCCCCUCACCUCUGGGGAGGGCAGUGAAGACCUCCUAUGUAGACCUCAGUUUUCUCCCGAAACAGCCGUCAGAGAGGGGCGUUCUCCAUGCUCAGCGGAUGAAAGUCCUGCUGUGGCUUUAGAUCCUCCCCUGAGUCUAGAACUGUCUGAGCAUGACCAAAGCACCAGCACUGAGGCUGAGGCCAGAGACACCCCUGGGGAGACACUGUUUCUAGAUGGCUCCCUGCCCCUACUGGAGAGCAGCAUUGUCACUGAUGAGAAGAACCCAAGCCAGACGGAAGGAGGUGAGGUGGCAAGUGGAACAGGACACCUGGAGGCACAUGACGAGGAUAUAAAAUACUCAGCAGAAAAUGAUCCGAGUGAGCCAAACUCUGACUCACCCGAAGAGAAUGUGGAUAAGAAGAAAAAGGCUAAAAAGCUCCCCGAGGCCUCUGAUAGGUGCCUGAGAAGUCAACUUGUAGAUUCUUCCUCUGCUGACAGGUACCCAGGGAGCCAGGGUUUGGAUUCAAAUGCUGCUUGUUCUGAAGUCAAAGUUUCUAAAAAUCAUGCUGUAAAGCAUUCUAAAAGAGAAGGGGACUGUGGCGGGGUGACAUCUGAGGGCUCAGUGAUUGACAGCAACCAUACAGACAGUCUGGAGGACACUGAAGACCCUGGUGUCAGUGAACAUUCCUCUGAUGAAGAAACCAAGCAGGAGGCUGAAGGACUUGGUGUCGUUACAAGGCAGACUGUUAAAAACCUGUUGGCAAAGGAAGUUAAAAGGGAAGAGGGAGGAACGUCCCCAAGCAGUGACCCAGCCACUGUUAGCCAGCCAUCGCCUCAGGACAACCUGGGAACCCGUGUGUGGUCCAAGAUAGAUGAGAAAGAUGCUCACGUGCCCUCGGAAAGCAUUCCUUGCAAGAGAGACCCAGAGCAGGUGAAAGAGAACCCGGGACAUAUUGUCAUACAGGACACGGAGGCCGCUGUUAGGGAGGUAGACACUGAGGAUACCCACCAUGAAGAUGGUGCCGGCCUUGCUCCAUGUAGCUCAGCCAGUCAGAGUGGCGAUGCUGCUGGGCCACCGAAAUUGGGAAGAAGGCCUAAGAGACUGCCUUCCUCAACCUACAACCUGAGGCCUGCUCAUUGUGUGGGUGCCUUGGACACUGCAAAAAUGACUUCAGAGAAGCAAGCUACACAAGUAAACCCAGCGCCCAAGGAAAGUGGAGCUUCUCAGAGUGCAGAGUCCUUAGACGAGGAAGAUUCAGACACGGUGGCAGAGGAGCAACCCAAGUUUGUGGGUUGGUGUGCAGAGGAGGAGAACCAGGAGCUGAUCGCCAGCUUCAACGCUCAGUACCUGAGAGUCCAGAAGGCCUGGAUCCAGCUGGAGAAAGAGACUCAGCCGACAGCGAGAGCCAGGAACAAGUCUGACAAGCUGAAGGAGAUUUGGAAGAGCAAGAAGAGGUCACGGAAGUGCAGGGGGUCACUGGAGGUGCAAAGGUUCUCUCCCGUUCAGAUGCUGUUUAUGACAAACUUUAAGCUGUCUAACAUCUGUAAGUGGUUCUUAGAGACAACAGAAACUCGGUCUCUGGUCAUUGUGAAGAAACUAAAUACUCGUCUUCCUGGAGACAUCCCCCUUGUUAAACACCCUCUUCAGAAGUACCCUCCUUCCACCAUGUACCCUAGCUCACUGCAGGCAGAACGCUUGAAAAAACACUUAAAGAAAUUCCCAGGAGCCAUUCCUGCCAGGAAUAACUGGAAAACCCAGAAGCUGUGGGCUAAGCUACGAGAGAAUCCUGAGCAGAUAGAGCCAGACGCUGGCAGUGACGUCAGCCUUGGCCCUAACAGUGGGGACAGUGUGGAGGAAGUCAGGGAAAGCAGGCACAGCCGUCCUCCCACCAACCUGCCUACUCCAGCCAGCACCCGGAUCCUUAGAAAGUAUUCCAAUAUUCGAGGAAAGCUCAGAGCACAGCGCCUAGACAGCUCAGUGGGCGGGGCUUCUGAAAUUAAGCAGGGACGUAAGAGUGUGUGCAUCAACCCGUUAAUGUCCCCCAAGCUCGCCCUCCAGGUGGGUGCAGAUGGGUUUCCUGUCAACCCCAAGAGGGCUGAAAGAAGCAAGGGGAGAAGAGGGAAGCAGAUGCCGGAAACCUUGCUUAAAGUGGAAGGUCAGAACAAGCGCAAAAGAGCAGAAGGCUCCGGUACUCAAGACGGUAAGGACAAGGGGCCGGCAACAAAAGCCAGCAGAGUCCUUUCUGCUGCAAAGAAGCUAGCUGCAAAGGACAGAGUCAACCAACUAUCCAAGAAGAUGACCUUGAAAGAGAACAAAGUGAGAGUCUGUAGGAAGGGUCCUGGGAAGAGCUGCCCAGCAUCCAGGAGAGAAAAGGAGAAUGCAAACAGAAGACCCGGCCAUCCCACGGCAGCCUCUGAAGCGCUCGCAAAGCCUUCUAAACAAAGGGGCGCAAGAGAAGCCUCUUCAAAGCCCCCCAAAGCCAGGAGGAGAAACCGGAAGCUGAGCAGUGGGAGGGGCCGAGCCAGACCCUUGGCAAAAAGCCCAGAGAACCGGACUGCCCCCAGAAAAAGAAAGCUCAAGGCCAAACUGGACUCUUCCCAGGGCAAACGGAGGCGGUUAGAAGCCAAGUGAAACCUGGAUAGCCACUGAAGAACGGGCCCAUGAAAGCAACCUUUCAUUUUGCAUUAACAGAAUCUGUUUUUAUAAGCUUAUCAAGCCUUUCUCGUUGUAGUUACAGGAUACGCCAGUUUGAGAUGUCAGAAAAUGCAUCUUAGCUGGAGAAGGGAACUUGUAGAGAGUUCUUCUCUGGGGCUAAGAGAAGUUGUACGUUUUCUGGUUGUUCCUUGGGUUUUAAACUUGGAACCAAGCAGUUUUUAUUUUAAGAAGAACAGUGCCUUAUUUAUCCUUUUUUGUUUAAAAAUUUACAAAAGCUAAGAAGCUGAUGUAUGUGACUAAAGGCUUGUAUUUUAUACUUGACGCACAAGCACUUGUUCUGUCACUGAGGAAGCCGCCGCCACACAUGCGGAAGCCAGUGAGCGAGGAGCCGUCAGCAGCUGCCCGUGCGCCCCUGGACAGGUGCACCUUGCAGCCCGCAGCACAACUCCCUCUCUGUCCUGUUUGGUUUUUAUUUGAUUGAUAUUUGAAAGCUGAACCAAAUCAUUUCUAUGGUAUGUGGAGAAUGCAGGGGAUUUAUAAUUAUUAUAAAAGAUUAAUGUUUCUGUUACUUUUCUUCCAAAACACAUAUUGUUGAUCACCCCCUUCAUCUUUUUAUUUUUUAAAUCAUUUCAGAUCAUGUUCUCAAAUUAGUGUGCCCAUGAAACAAAGAUGUGCUACAGUUUCUUUUGUUGUUUUUUGU